GAAGGAGGAAGAGUGAAAACAAAAACAAAAAAGAUAGACGACGAUUCAUUUCUUUGGUAUCGGACUAACUCCACCGUUUACGAUUCUUCUUCAUCAAUUCCAUCAUCAUCUUUGUCGAAAUUUACAAUCUUUUUUCAGUCAAAAGAAUCGGUAAAUCAUACCGAAAACUCAAAACUUUCAGACACGAAACUCCGUUUUUUUUUUAAAAAAAAGGAAAAAAGAAAAAAUCCUUUGCGAUUAUACACAUUGUACGUAGCGGUAGAGCUACACAACAACAUUACUGUCUCUCUCUCUCUAUCUCUCUCUCUCUCUCUCUCUCUCUCUCUCAGAGGAAAAGUUCUGAUCUUUGUCUUCUCUUAUCGUUAUCUAAGUCUCUCUGACUCUCUCUCUCUCUGCCUCGAGAUUCUCCACUCCAUUAAGUUUGAAGGCAUAUAUAGCAUUGAACAGACAAUUGUGAUGGGUAAUAAGCUGGGAAGGAAGAGACAGACUGUGGACGAAAGGUUCACUAAGCCACGACAAGGUUUAUACAUGAGCAAAGAUGUUGACAUUAAAAAGCUUAAGAAACUCAUCUUAGAGUCUAAGCUUGCUCCUUGUUAUCCUGGUCAUGAGGAAAGCUCCUGCCAUCAUGAUCUUGAAGAGUGUCCUAUUUGCUUUCUGUACUAUCCGAGCCUUAAUAGGUCAAGAUGUUGUAUGAAAAGCAUUUGUACAGAGUGCUUUCUGCGGAUGAAGAGUCCUAAUUCAGCUCAACCUACUCAAUGCCCGUUUUGCAAAACUUCCAAUUAUGCUGUCGAGUAUCGUGGAGGGAAGACUAAAGAGGAGAAGAACACUGAACAAAUUGAAGAGCAGCGAGUUAUAGAAGCUAAAAUAAGGAUGAGGCAGAAGGAGGUUGAAGAAGAUGAAGAAAGAAUGCAGAAACGUCUGGAAUCGUUUUCUUCUAGUUCUAGCACUAGUGCCGCAGCUGUUGAUACAGAAUAUGGUUCUGCUGCAGAGGAUGAUGGGGAAAUUGUUUCAUCUGAAGACUCAUGUCUGCUAUCGCAUCCUCAGGUUACAAGGGAUGGCCAAUCUGACUUUGAUCUUGAGGAUAUAAUGGUCAUGGAAGCAAUAUGGCUCUCAUUGCAGGAAUCUGGAAUUCAGAGAAAUACAUCACCUGGUGAAAUUUCAGAGAAAGUUCAUAAUGUGGAACCAUCGACUCCAUCAUCAUCAUCAUCUCCAUCGGGUGGGCUAGCUUGUGCAAUCGCUGUUCUCGCUGAACGCCAGCAAAUGGUUGGUGAAUCUUCCUCCAAUGAAAACGAUAACGUUGCAUCACACAACAUGGUUAUAGGCAAUUGUAACAACAGCCAUUACAAUACCAUAGAAGAAGAUAGUAACCAUUACCUACAAGGAGCAGGAACCAGCUAUGCAAGAUCUGAUAUAGCUGAUGAUAGUGCGAGUGAGGUUUCCAGGGAAGUAACAUGGCAAUAGAGUUCCAAAAUGUAGGAAGUUUAAGAGUUGUUAUAUAGUCGUUGCUUAUAUAUGUUAGUGUGAGUGAAUGAUUUAAGUUUUGUUAGUUAGUUUUCAGGGUGUUCGUUGAGCACUCGUACAUGUGCCAAUAGGAAAAGACAAAUGGUUUUCAAUAUCAAUACAGAAGCUUGGUUGUUUGGUUA